GGGAGUGGCUAUGUUCCCCCUGACACUCCCCAGUGUGUAUGUCUGGGCUGAGGAAUUGUGUUGUGGUCAGAGCAGACGUACACAUUCUCACACACAGGCCGAGUUUGUUGUUGCAGCCAGACAAUCUUAAAGAGCCAGUGGGUCUGCCAUGGAUUUAAUGGAGCUGUUCUUUGUCUGCCUUGGUGCUGCAGUCGUAGUCUUUUAUGGAGUGAAAAUGGUCCGCUUCGCUAAGAUGCUUUAUCCCAGAGUUUGCUUUCCGCAGCCAGAUUCCUUCUUUACAUCAAUGGGAGAGUGGGCAGUGGUCACUGGUGGGUCAGACGGGAUAGGGAAGGCUUACGCCUUUGAGCUGGCAGGACGUGGGCUGAACGUGGUGAUCCUGAGCAGAACCAAGGACAAACUGGACCGGGUGGCACUGGAGAUAGGAGAAACCACCGGUCAGAAAGUGAAAGUGGUCGUAGCUGAUUUCACUGAGGAUGACAUGUAUGAACACAUUGAGGAGAACCUGAAAGGCUUAAAUAUCAGUGUAUUAGUGAACAACGUGGGGAUUCUGCCUAGUCAUAUUCCCUGCAAGUUCCUGCAGACUAAGGACCUGGAACAGAGAAUUACAAAAGUGAUCAACUGCAAUGUGAAAGCCUUGGUCAAGAUGUGCCAAAUAGUCCUGCCAGGGAUGGAGAAGAGAGGGAAGGGAGUGAUCGUGAACAUCUCCUCUGGUGUGGCCAGUGUUCCCUCCCCCAUGUACACCAUGUACUGUGCAUCAAAGGUGUUUGUGGAGAGGUUCUCUCAAGGUCUGCAGGCUGAAUAUAAAGCAAAAAGAGUCAUGAUACAGGCAGUGGCUCCAUUUGGGGUGUCCACCCCAAUGACGGGCUACCAGAAGUCCAACAUGGUGACCCUGACAGCGGAAGACUUUGUCAGGACAUCCCUGGAGUACCUCCAAGCCGGGGACAAGACCUACGGCAGCAUCUGUCACACAGUACUGGGUUGGAUGGUACAGGCUGUUCCUCAGCAGAUCCUCCACAGUGAGACCAUGCAGGACAGUCUACUGGAGUAUGUGAAGAAAAGAGUGGGGGCAUAGGUCAUAGGAGAUCAACCCAUGCACUAUGUUAUCAUCAUGUACUGUAUGCAUGUCUGUAAAUAAGAUAUGAUGCCUUUUAAAUAACUUUUUCACAUGUAUGUAUUUCUAAAACAAGAGGACUGUAAAGGCAUUUUUAACUCAUACUUCUAGUAAGUUGAACUCAAAAUCAAUGUUUAUGUGAUACUGACUGAAAAUGAGAAGUCACACCAACCUUUCCCAGCAUGCUCUGCUGUGGGUCGAUAUUUUGGAAUCUGUGUUUUUUAAUGUACAUUGAGUGAUUGAUUGAUUAAUCGUAUACUACACAAAGAUAUAUAACAUACAUUUUUAUAAACUAAUCCAAUCAUUUA